ACAGAGGUUAUGAUUCAAAAAUGGCUGAUUUAAACAGAGAGUUGAGCGAGUAUUUGCUGAGUAACAAAAACGAAAAACAAUAUAAACUAACGAUCCCGACAGUGACGAUACCAAAGCCAUCGCUGGGAAAAUGGUUCGGAAAAUCAACAGAAGAAAACACCGAGGAGCCAGGAUGGUUACAAGACACCCAAAGGAGUUGCUGUCCCAGUCUGACGAAAUUCCAACGGCUGACUGGGUUCGCAAUCUGUAUAUUUAUGGGAGUCCUGUGUUUUUCCUUAUCAGCGAUUUAUAUUCCUGUUUUACUUUUAAAAGCGCGUAAAUUUGCUUUGUUAUAUUCGCUAGGAAGUGUUUUUUUUUUAAUGAGUUUCUGUUUCCUCUGGGGACCCAUCAGCUACUUUAAGUCUCUGUUCGCAAAAGAGAAGCGUUGCUUCACAUUGUCCUACUUGCUGACAUUAUCAGGGACUCUGUACUUCGCUCUGCACCUUCAGUCGACACCUCUGACGGUCUUGUGCGCAGUCCUCCAGAUAAUAGCGCUCUUGUCAUUCCUCGUGAGUCACAUUCCCGGGGGCACUACCGGACUCAUGUUCUUCGGCAGGAUGUUCAAGUCUUCUGUCAAGCCGACUCUGCCAAUCUGA